UAUGCAUAAAUGAAUUAUAAGAAUCUUGUUGCAGUUGAUGUCAAGAUUCCCUCAAAAUUUUGGCGGGUAAAGCUUCAAAAUUAGUGACAAAUUACUCCCAUUCAGAAAUCUUUGUUUAUUUCUUUAGCAGCAAAUAAAAGACGAAUUAAAUUCAGUUCUCUAGUAAAGCAAUUUAAGACAAUCUGAAAAUUCCAAAGAAAGGAUUUUUAUGUUGGGCCUACCACAUGUCUCUUCAUUUUUUGUAUAAUUACCAGAGGUUUACGGAGCUUUGACGUGCCAAAGGUUUUCCGGGACCAUCGUUUUCCUCGUCUUUAAUUCAUCUGCACUGCUAAUAUGAACACACCCCUUUUGCUUCGUUUUCUUGCUUCUUGUUUUUUGUAUAUGAAAAAUCUAUGUUGUUAGUACACUUGUUUUGUUGUAGUGAAAAUGAUGAUGAUGAUCUUUAGGCUUUGUUUGGUUUGUCUUUGGUUUUUCGGUGCCACGGGGCAGCUCCCUUCUGAGGAAACUUCAAUACUGCUCGAGUUCAAAAGAGGAAUCAAACACGACCCAACAGAUUUUGUGCUGAAUUCGUGGAAAUACGAGUCCGUUAAUUCCAACGGCUGUCCUAAAUCUUGGUACGGUAUUACAUGCACUAGCAGUAAUGGUAAUAUCGAAGCCAUUGUUCUCGACAAUCUAGGAUUAUCCGCCGAUGUCGAUUUGAGUAUAUUCUCAAAUCUGACAAUGCUCGUAAAACUCUCGAUCUCCAACAACUCAAUUUCCGGAAAAUUGCCCGAAAAUCUCAGCGGUUUCAAUAGCCUCGAGUAUUUGGAUAUUUCAGACAAUGGGUUUUUUUCGUCAUUACCAUCGGAUAUUUUUAUUUCUUCGUCAGUCAAGCAUUUAAAUCUCAGCCAUAAUCGAAUAACCGGAUCACUACUCGGUUAUGGUGAUGAUUUUGGUGGAUUAAAAGUAUUGGAUUUGAGCUAUAAUCAGUUAACAGGGGAAUUACCUGGUUUCAACUUUGUCUAUGAUCUUGAAAUCCUUAAUCUUGGUAAUAACAUGUUUUCUGGUUCUGUUCCUAACAAUCUCUUGAAAGGGGGUUCUUUGGUUCUUACUGAAUUGGACUUAAGCUGCAACAAUCUCUCCGGAACUAUAAGUGCUAUUACAUCAACAACAUUACAAACUCUCAAUCUUUCCUCGAACAUACUCUCCGGUGAACUUCCACCGUUGACCGGGAGCUGUGCUGUAGUUGACUUCUCGAAAAACCAAUUCGAAGGAAAUUUAACGAAGCUACUAAAAUGGGGGAAUGUGGAAGUUCUUGAUCUUAGUGAAAACCGUUUAACGGGCCCCGUUCCAGAGGUAACAGCUCAAUUUCUACGUUUGCGUUAUUUAAACAUCUCCCACAAUUCCCUCAUUGGUUCUCUUCCGAAAGUGAUCACAUCAUUACCUAAACUCAUGAUUCUUGAUCUUAGCUUCAAUUCGUUCGUUGGACCUUUAUUAACUAAUCUUCUAACAUCAUCAACUCUGCAAGAACUUCACUUAAAGAACAAUAAACUUUCGGGAAGCAUUGACUUUUCGCCUUCUUUUACUACAAAUCUUCGAGUACUUGAUUUGUCCGAAAACGAGCUUUUCGGUUUCUUACCUAAUGAGUUCGGUUUUUUCACUAAACUUCAAGUGCUUGAUAUUGGAGGGAACAACUUUUCGGGUUCUUUGCCUGUUUCGAUUUCUAACAUCACUGUCCUAAAUUCGUUAGAUAUAUCUCGAAAUCAUUUCACCGGUCCAAUUCUUGAAAACUUAUCCAACACUCUCCAAAGCUUUAAUGCAUCGUAUAACAAUCUUUCUGGUGUGGUCCCACAAAAUUUGAGGAAGUUUCCUUUAUCUUCUUUCUACCCCGGAAAUUCCCAACUCCAAUUCCCUAAUCCACCUCGUAACUCUUACAAAAACCCGUCCGAGAAUCGAAGCAAGAAUCAUUUCAAAACCAUCAUCGUACUUGUAAUAAUAUCCGUUUGUGUUGUGGUUACUGUGAUAAUCUUGUUCCUUCUCGCCAUUUUCAUUCACUACAAACGCAAAUCAAGAGAGCCUUCACCAAACAUAACCGAAUUAAAAGACGCCAGCUGUCACUCUUCGACGAAUACAUCGAGCUUCAUCAGUCCACAGGUGGAUCUUGCAACAGACGAAAAGUCAACAACAACAAUAACCGGUUUAUCUCCAUCGAAGACAAGCCAGUUAUUAUGGUCACCUGUUAGCUCCGGGGAUUCAAAUACUGGAUUGGAUGCCAGCUCACCCGAGCGCUUAGCUGGCGAGCUGAACUUUCUAGAUGACACGAUUUCCUUUACGCCCGAAGAAUUGUCGCGGGCCCCGGCGGAAGUUCUUGGAAGGAGCAGCCAUGGAACUUGUUACAAAGCAACUCUUGACAGUGGUUUGGUGCUGACUGUGAAGUGGCUUAGAGAUGGAGUUGCAAAACAGAGAAGGGAGUUUACUAAAGAAGCUAAGAAGUUUGCGAAUAUUCGACAUCCGAAUGUCGUUGGUUUGAGAGGGUACUAUUGGGGGCCCACACAACACGAGAAGCUUAUUCUCUCGGAUUACAUAUCUCCUGGAAAUCUCACGAGUUUUCUUUACGAUCGUCCGGGAAGAAAGGAUCCACCGCUAACGUGGGCUCAAAGGCUCAAAAUAGCAACCGAUAUUGCGCGUGGUCUAAACUAUCUCCAUUUUGAUCGUGCUAUCCCGCAUGGAAAUCUCAAAGCUAACAAUGUACUAUUAGACGGGCCCGAUCUUAACGCACGUGUAGGUGAUUACUGCCUACACCGUUUGAUGACUCAAUCAGGCACUAUCGAACAAAUUCUCGAUGCUGGUGUAUUAGGCUAUCGUGCACCGGAGCUAGCUGCUUCUAGAAAGCCGGUGCCUUCUUUCAAGUCGGAUGUGUAUGCAUUUGGAGUGAUAUUGUUGGAACUUAUCACCGGAAAGUGUGCGGGAGAUGUGGUUUCCGGGGAGGAGGGAGGAGUGGAUUUGACGGAGUGGGUGCGGUUGAGGGUGUGUGAAGGAAGAGGGAUAUUGAAUUGUUUGGAUAAUGUGGUGGCGCGUGAGAUGGGAAAUCCGGCGGUGGAGAAAGGGGUUAAGGAUGUAUUUGGGAUUGGUUUGAGAUGUGUUUGUUGUGUGUCUGAAAGGCCUGGCAUCAAGACUGUGUACGAGGAUCUAUCUUCUGUUUGAAUUGCUAUUCAGCAAUUGUAAUGAUUUUUCUUGGAUUAGUUUUAUGUAUAAUUUGUGAUUGAGCACAUUUAAUUAACAAAAUUAAGAUGUUGUUUUAAGGAUAAAAUUGUCUUUCACUCCUAUAAAUUGAAUUUGAG